AUGCAGCCCACGGCCACCAUGGCCUCAGCCGCCACCACCACUGCCACCAUUGCCCUGACGACGUGGGACAAUGCCACCAGCCGCCCCACGUCCGAGCCAGAUCCCAUCUUGGACAACUAUGUGCUUCUGGUGGUGGUGAUGUCGUUGUUUGUCGGGGGCACCCUGGUGGUGCUGUCCGGUGUUCUGCUGCUGUGUAAACGCUGCUGGGAGGUCCAUCAGCGCUUCAACAGGGCCAUGGAAGAAGCAGAGAAGACCACUACCACCUACCUGGACAACGGCACCCACCCAGCCCAAGACCCCGACUUCAGGGGGGAGGACACCGAGGGCCAGGACACAGAGACUGAGCGCUUCCUGUCCACCAGCUCCACUGGUCGCCGGGUCUCCUUCAACGAGGCUGCCCUCUUUGAACAGAGCCGGAAAACACAGGACAAGGGCCGCCGGUACACCCUGACAGAGGGGGACUUCCACCAUCUCAAGAAUGCCCGCCUCACUCAUCUCCACCUGCCACCCCUCAAGAUUGUCACCAUCCAUGAGUGUGAUGCUGGUGAGGCUAGCUCAGCUGCCACACCUCACCCUGCUACCACUUCCAAGGACAGCCUGGCCAUUUUCCAGCCCCCGGGGAAGGCCCUCACUGGCCGCUCCGUGGGCCCCAGCUCCGCCCUGCCAGGUGAUCCCUACAACUCAGCUGUGGGCACCACUGACUUCUCGGAACUCAGCCCCUCAACAUCCAGCGACUCUGGGGAAGGCACCUCGUUGGAUGUGGGUGCCAGGGGUGCCAAGGCUGGUGGUCCCGGGGCUACAGUGGUGCCUGGAGAGACAGGCACAGGCUCUGGGGGGGGCACCGUGCUGCAGUUCUUCACCCGAUUACGCCGCCAUGCCAGCUUGGAUGGCGCCAGCCCCUACUUCAAAGUCAAGAAAUGGAAGCUGGAGCCCAGCCAGCGGGCGUCCAGUCUGGAUACGAGAGGUUCCCCAAAGAGGCACCACUUCCAGCGGCAGCGGGCAGCCAGUGAGAGCAUGGAGCAGCAGGGGGAUGUCCCUCCCACAGACUUCAUCCAGUACAUUACUCGUGCAGGCGAUGCAGUGGCCUUCCCUCCCCCCUGCCCCUUUCUGGCCAGCCCCACCAGCCCGCCCCCCGCUCUCGGCAGGCUAGAUGCUGCUGAGGCGGCGGGAGGAAUGAGCCCUGAGUCCCCCCCAGAGCUCGGCGUCAGUGUGGGGCCUGAGCAGCAGCAGCAAAAGCAGGAAUCAGAUGCCACGGAGCAGGCCCAGGCCAGCUACCGUGACCUAUGGAGCCUACGCGCCUCUCUAGAAUUGCACGCGGCUACAGCCUCAGACCACAGCAGCAGUGGCAACGACCGCGACUCGGUGAGGAGUGGUGACAGCUCAGGGUCUGGAGGUGCAGCACCAGCUUUCCCACCUCCCUCCCCUCCUGCAUCACGGCCCAAGGACGGUGAGGCGCGACGGCUGUUGCAGAUGGACAGCGGCUACGCCAGCAUCGAAGGCCGCGGUGCGGGUGAAGAUGUCAUUGAGCCACCUGUUGCACCUGCCCUGCCACGUAGCCCUCCCUGUAGCCCACGGGCUUGGCCACGCAGGCCACGCCGCGACUAUAGCAUCGAUGAGAAAACCGAUGCACUUUUCCAUGAGUUCCUGCGCCAUGACCCACACUUUGACGACGCACCACCUGCCGCACGCCACCGCGCACGUGCACACCCACACACACAUGCACGCAAACAGUGGCAGCAGCGUGGCCGGCAGCACAGCGACCCUGGCGGUGCACGUGCAGCCCCACUCCCCGGAGCUACAGCUCAGUCCUCUGGAGCAUCCCGGCCUGCACGUGCGCCCUUGCGCCGGGGUGACAGCGUCGACUGCCCACCAGACAGCCGUACACUGGCCGUUGCGGGUGAUGAUCCGGCCAUCCCAGUCAUCGAGGAGGAGCCUGGUGGCGGCGGGGUCUGUCCUGGCGCAGGCCUGUGCAUUGAGCCCGCAGGGGUGCUGCUGGACAAGUUGGCAGUUGGCCUUGAUGAGAGGCUCUUUCCGCCAUGCCUCGUCUCUUCUGUUGCCGCAGCUCCAAUGCUGGUUGUGGCUGCAGCCCCCACAUCCCCCGACCACAGCCCAGCCUAAUCUCUGUGCUCCCAACCCACCUCUCAGCAAGCUGCUCUGGCCUGGUUCUGGGCCUGGGCCAUGGCAGGACAGACCUUGGGGCACAACAGCCUGGUGCACUAUAAGGAUAGGGUGGACCACAGGGCCCUUCACCCAGGUGCAUGCACACAGCCCAAAUACUCCUGCUGUCCCAGGUGUACAAGGUACAGCCCUGUGCUGGCCUCUGCCUCCCAGGUGUGCAAGUAUACAGCCUUUUGCCAACUCCGUGCUCUCCAGGUAUACACACACACUGUUCCCUCUGGGCAUUUAGUGGGUCGCAAUGGCAUCCUCAGACAUGAGGUGUAAGGACCUAGGCUCUGCUGGAGGGAGAAUUAAGUUCUCUUCAGGCUUUGGAGAACAUUCGAUUUUUAUAUAGCGGCAAUGGCUGUCCAAAAUCUUGGGGGGCUGAGAAACAGUUCCUAAGGCUCAUGCACAUAGUCCCAACAGGACCUGCUGAGCCUUAAGGAGUCAUGAGCAGGUGCUGGGGGUCUGCUGCCUGCCAAACCCACUGAGGCAGGGACCACAGGAUUGUGGGGCACUAAGGGUUGGAGAUGGGCUUGCUGACCUUAGGCCUGGAGGUUGGCUCACUGUGGAUACCAAACCACCCCCCUUCCCCAGCUGUUUAC